AUGUGGCUCCCGCUGCCAUCAACCGACAGCCUGACACGGCCUCGCCUCGCUGUCGUCGUCUUCUCUGCUGUCGCAGCGGCAUCCUUCGGCUACUACACCUAUCAAACCAGUAGAGACCAACACGAAGAUGUCCCCGGCCCCGGGCUGCACCGCAGCAACGCCGUCCGCCGCACCCACAGACGAUCGCGCCGCAACUCGAUCUCCUCCGAAGGCUCCCACGGAGACGAGAACCUCGACCUUGACGCCAUGCGGCCGCUGAAUGACGGCGACACUAUAGUGGAUGGCGGCACUGUUGACGAGUGGUGGAACGAUCCCAACAGCAUGCAGCCGCAGGCGCGAGCCGGACACAACAUCGUCAGCCUUUUGUUUAGGGUCUCGGAGGACAACGCUCGUCGGAAUGCGUGCGUACACAGAGGCUGCGCCUGUAAUGCCUGUGGCAUGGUCCCGAUACGUGGUGUUCGAUACCGCUGCGCCAACUGUGCCGACUUCGACCUCUGCGAGACGUGCGAAUCUCAAGGCGUACACAUCAAGACGCACAUCUUUUACAAAAUCAAAGUUCCCGCUCCGCCCUUCGGUCCCCGGCAGAUGCAGCCCGUCUGGUACACUGGCGAUCCGGAUACUUGCUAUAGAAACUUGAAUCGUAGCUUGAUGGCAAGGCUCAGCAAGGAGACCGGCUUCGAGAGACCUGAGAUUGAGGCCUUCUGGGAGCAGUUCACCUUCAUGGCCAACACGGAGUGGCGCGAGGACCCCGACGAGCUGCAGCUGGCCAUGGACAAAAAGACAUUUGAGCGGUGCCUGGUUCCCUCUGGCGGUUCGCGACACGCGACGCCGAACCUCAUCCACGACCGCAUGUUCUCCUUUUACGACACCAACAACGACGACCUGAUCGGUUUCACCGAGUUCCUGCACGGGCUGGCGUACCGCAAGCGCAAGGACAAGCUGCGUAAGAUCUUUGAAGGCUACGACAUUGACGGGGACGGUUUCGUUAACCGCCGCGACUUCUUGCGCAUGUUCCGUGCAUACUACGUCCUCUAUAAGCAAAUGCACCGCGAUAUUCUCGACGGGCUCGACGACCAGCUGAUGGGAAGCACGGAAGCGCAGCAGCUGGUAGCUAGUAGACAACCGCUGAGCAGCCUCUUUGGGCGAGAGGGUAGGGUGCCCCGCGCUCAUGCUAAUCACCGCAGCGAAGGCAAGAUCUUCCACCCCAACGGCGACGUGGAACUCGAGCCGGGCAGCAACGGUGUCGUGAGUGAAGACAGGGGUGAUACGUCAGGGAGGGAAGACGUGCUGACGAGGCUGUUUGCGCCCUACAUCGGCAGCCCGUGGUCUGUUCAGAUGCGGUCUCCGGACAGCGAGCCGGAUACCCCGUACUGGGAUGCUCUGCUUAACCCGCCCACGAGCAUCGAUGACCUGCCCGACUUGCUCACGGGACAACGUCGCGAGCGCAACGAGAUCGACUUUGAUUUUGAUCUUGAGCUCGGCAGUUCCGAUGGGGAAGAGGCAGCGAACAACAACUCGGACGCCGAAAACAGAAGCCAGACUGGCGGCGGUUCAGCACAGGCCAACGGGGCCGAAAGCCAGAACCAGAGAGUCGAUUCCGAUCAUUUUACAACCACAAUCCCCACCGAGAGCCAACUCAGGGCCCAAGUCAUCAACCACAAGAGGCAAAUGGCCCCCGAUAUCGAGCGGAGACGGCGGCAAGCUGCCAGAAAACAACUGCAUGACAGAUGGAAGAGGCGACAAUUCUACCUCGACGAGGAGGAAGGUGGCCUUGCCCCUGAUGGUUGGCACUCCGACGAUGAUGUCCUGCUCAACCUCAAUGGCGUUGCAGAGAGUUCCAAAGCAGCACAGCAACAGGCCUUGUCCCCGCGGUCCAGAUCAUCGUCAAAGGUCCGCUUUGCAGAGGACAUGGACGAAUACGAAAUCAGAUCCAACCCCUCGACGUCCUCUAGAAGCGUGCCCGAGCGCUGGGGUGGCUUGGAGAUCCCUGACGAGGAGCGUGACGCUGGCAAAGAGAUUCUCUACCAGGUCACGCAGCAGGCCUUCAACGAACUUCUCGACGCCAUCUUCAAAGAUAAGGAGGAUCUGGCCGUGAAGGCGGCUGCGACAAAGACCAAGCGGGACAAGCACCGGGCUCUGUUUGAGCACCUCACUGUUGAUCAGCCUAAACCCAAGAUUGUCGAGCCUCGGCAGCCUAGAAAGGCCAUCGACGAGGAUAAGCCAAUUGCCGAACGAUCUCUGGAAGAACUCUUGUUGACGAGUGGCUACCGAGUUGACGAGUCCGGACAUAGGAUUGAUGAGUCUGGGCAGAGAAUUGAUGAGUCUGGGCAAAGAAUCGAUGAAACCAAUGCUGGAAACAGACAGAGGAUCGAAGAGGUCCUUGACGAUGACGAUGAGCAGGACAAGGCGGGUGAUGACGAAAAGGAGGAUGAGGCGAACGAGGAAGACACAGAAGACACGGAAGAUACGGACGUGGUUGAGGUCGAAUACCGUGACCCUACCAUGCCUCAAUUCCGCCCCAACAGCGAGGCCACGGCCCUGCCUAUCUCGUCAGACAGCACGCCGCCCUCCUCUUAUUCGUCUUCAUCGAAGAAUGGCCCCAGGUCGGCGACGAAGAAGAAGUCUGUUCAGUCUUCAAAUGACUCGCCCAAGACCAUCCCGCACUUUACACUCCUGGAAUGGAAGCGGCUUGACCUGGCAGAGAAGGAGGCCGCCGACCGCGGCGGCUGGGGCAAGCUCAGCUUUGAAGAGUUUGAGGAAAUUUACAAGAGCCAGGAGAGCGCCGGGAACCGCCUUGAUUAUCUGGGCAGCUGGGUCGACUUCUGCAUCCCGUAG